AUGAAGACCCAAGCGCUUUCUGCCGUCGUGGCAUUGGCGUCAGGCCUUCAGCUUGUAUCUGCUGGGGGUUGGCUCGAUGCACCUCCUUUCUCUUGCCCUUCUAAUAGCGACAACACUUGCACACCUCAACAAGCCGGUGGCUUUGACUGGGGAAGCCUCUCUGUUGGACCUUUCAAAAACUACGGUGGACUUGACUUCGAUGGGUGGACUUGUGCCAACUCUUUCGGUGCUGGCGGUAGCUUCCGCACCAGAGCGUUGACCCCCCGAACCUUCCAGGACAAAUGCAUCACUGCUGUCGCCCACCCUGAACCAGAGAAGUGCCCCAGCUUUGGCUGCGGUUCUAGCGGUGAAGUCUCUGCUUUCUCCGUCGACCAUUUCCAGGUUUCCACUGAAUUCGACUGUGACCUUGAGUUCCACUAUGGCAUGCCUGGCGGAAACAUCUGCAAGCAAACCUCUCACUGCUUGAAGGGUGGUUCAACCAUCAAGAACACCCAAUGUGGUGGAGCCAAGAACGUUACCGUCGUCUACCCCGGCGGUGGACCAAAGCCCACUUGCAGCAUUGGUAUUCACAGCAUCGGAUUUGACUGCGGCAAGCACACAACCUCUAUCUACACUCCCACCAGCAUUGCGGUCAGCACCUCUGCUAAGGCAACGACGACUCCUGUGUCUACUCCCGCGGUGACGACUGCGGUUUCGUCUACCCCAGCUGCCUUUACCUCCGCUUCUUGGUCUGCCUCUGUCCCCACGGGCGGUUUUGGUGGAAACACUACCAUCGCUGUGCCAAGCUCAGGUUCUCCAGCCCCAAGUGUCUUCACUUCGACUGUUUACUCAACCUCUGUUUCAACCAUCAUCAGCUGCGCUGCUACUGUUACGGACUGCCCUGCUCACUCUACCGUUCUCACAACGAUCAUCGUUCCAGUCUCUACUACCAUCUGCCCGGUUACUGAGACUCAGACUUCCGGUGCUGCUACCUCCACAUCUCCAGCUGCUGGCGCGUCGUCCACCCCAGCCGGCUCCAGCCCGGCGGCUUCAUCUACCCCAGGCAGCGCGUCCAGCCCGGCGGCUUCAUCUGCCGCAGGCAGCUCGUCUACCCCAGUGGCUUCAUUCAGCGCAGGUACUUCCUCUCCUGCAGCUUCGUCUUCUGGAGCAGCCGCCUCUCCUUCGUCGACUGGUGCCUCUUCCAGCACCGAGGGCGUAAGCAGCGCUGUUAGCACGAGCUCCCCGGCUGGUGUUGCGACCACCUCUUCUCCCGCGCCAUCUGAGGUUAUCACCACCGUGAUUGUGGACUCCUCGACUACUGUAUGCCCCGUCACCAGGACUCACGUCACCUCUGGUACUACUAGCAUCGAGACCACCCUCACGACCUCCACAAUCCGCGUGACCUCUGUUUCUACCUCCACUGUUAGCACCGCUCCUGUUACCAUCCCAUCAGGCCCGGCAGGUUCAUCUUCAUCCAGCGUAGCCGGCGUCACCACCGCUUCCAGCGUUGGAAUCCCAUCCGGCCCGUCAGGCAUUCCAACCACACCAAUCUACGCGAACUCCUCAAGCCCAGCUACUUCCCCUGCCAGCAUCGCAAGCAGCCCUGCACCAUCUGAGGUUAUUACCACCGUCAUUGUGGACACUUCUACCACUGUCUGCCCAGUUACCAAGACCCACGUCACUUCUGGCAGCACCGUCAUUGAGACCAGCUUCUCUACUUCCACAGCCUAUGUUACCUCCUACUCCACUGUCACUAGCACCGCAGCUGGUGUCACUACCACCGCUCCCGCGCCGUCUGAGGUUAUCACCACUGUGGUUGUGGACACUUCAACUACUGUGUGCCCAGUCACCAAGACUCACGUCACAUCUGGUGUCACCAGCAUUGAGACUAGCCUCUCUACUUCCACGGUCUACCUUACUUCUUGGUCUACUGUUUGCACAAAGUGCACCGCGACGGAAGCAACGUCGAUCCCGGUCGCUUCUGGCCCAGCCGCUUCCAGCCCCGCGGGUGUCGCUACCACCAGCCCAGCGGCUGUCAUCACCUCUGCCGCCACUGCUCCGGCAUCUAGCUCUCCAGCGGCACUUCCAUACCCAAGCAUCCUUCCUCAAUGUUUGAACACCUGGAUUCCUCUCACCACCAACUGCAGCUCCAACGCUGACGCCGCAUGCUACUGCCCAUCGGAGGCCCUCGCCUGCUCAGUCUUCGAGUGUUUGAACGCUCACGGUGCCACCCCUGCCGAUAUUGCUUCCGCCCAGAACUACUUCCAAGGUAUCUGCGCCAACCAUGUCUCCGUCAACCCUGCCCUCAUCACCUGCGCUCCCAGCGUCCCAGGUGCACCAACCUCCACCGUGCCCGCUGGUCCAGUUAGCACCGUCACCGUUGUCACCACCAUGGUCGUCCCAUGCAGCUCUGCCGGAACUGCCAUCCCAUCUUCUUCCACCACUACCGUCAUCUCGACCUCAGUCGUUGUGCCUCAAGUUGUCCUCACCACCGUCUCUGGCUCUGCAACUUCUGUCGCCUUGGUGACUGGUACCCCAGCUCCCGUCACGGUCCCUGGUUCCGCUCCUGGCGCUCCUCAAAGUGCUCCCGCUACUACCACCUACGCCCCUGGAGGCGUUGCCACUUCUGUAGCUGCCACUUCCGCCCCUGCCGGUGUUGCCGCUUCUGCAGCUGCCUCCUCUGCUCCCGCAGGUGUUGCCGCUUCUGGGGCUGCCUCCUCAGCUCCCGCAGGCGUGGCCGCUUCUGGGGCUGCCUCCUCAGCUCCCGCAGGCGUGGCCGCUUCUGGGGCUGCCUCCUCUGCUCCUGCAGGCGUUGCCACUUCUGCUCCCGCCGGCGCUGCCGCUACAGGAGCCUACUACCCCCACACCACCGUCGCCGCGGCACCCGUCCCCUGGGCUCCCUCCAAUGGCACCGCCCCAGCGGCCCCAACCUCACCCAUUGUCUUCGCAUCCUCUGGAUCCCAAGUCAGCCUUGGAUUCAGCAGCCUCGCGGCCGCUGCUAUCCUCGCCGUUUUGGCUCUUUAA